CAGAGAGGGAGGGUCUGGGAGCCCAGGGCCGGGGGACAUGGACAGCACAGAACGGGGGCGGGGUGGGGACUAGGGGUGCCCUUCAGGGGCCGGCACAGCCUCCCUGACCUGAUCCCAUGUCUGUUUUGUGAAGCUACCCCUGGCGGUGACGUGGAGAGUGGCUUUCACAGGGGCCAGCAAACCCCCCAGGGAUGGGGGUGGGUGACGGCUGGAGUUGAACUGUGAGGGAACAGAGUAGGGGUCCAGAGAGCGGAAGCUGGGUGGAGCCAGCGUGGGCGCAGGGGGCCUCCGGAUCCUUCCCAGCCCCAUCUGAUUAAACCUGGCCUCCCUCCAGCUUCUCUCCUGGGGCCCCCUCGGCUGCCUGGGCUGGCACCGGCAAGGUCAGACAGCUUUAGAGAGCAACCGGUGGGACAGACACACAAAGGAUCUUUGUUGAGGCAGGGCAGCUUCCUGGAGGCCUGGGGGGGUGGGGGGCAACCUUGACACGGCACCAGGAACAAGCACCUGGCACAAGGGUUAGAUGUGGCUUGGACAAGGAAGCCGCAGCCUAGAGAGCUCUGCCUCUGGCCCCUGGCCCUGCGCAGCCGGGCUCCUGCAGGUCGCGGAAGAAGGCCCAGGGGCGGGGCGGCUUCCCGGGGACUUGGCUUGGGGCGUCCGCGGGGAAUUCCACUCGGCCAGUCUUCCGGCUGGCAGCGCAGAAGCCUCAGCCGCUGCCUGCCUGCCCCAGCAUCCUGAGUCGUGCCGGCCACGGGCAUGGCAGUCCCCCGGCACCCGGUGUCAGUGCGCGCAGCAGCCUUGGUGCAGAUGGAGCGGCUCCAGACGUUUGCCUUCUCCGUGCGCUGGUCAGAUGGCAGCGACACUUUGGUGCGCAGGAGCUGGGAUGAAUUCAGGCGGCUCCAGAAGACCCUCAGGGAGACCUUCCCGGUGGAGGCGGGCCUGCUUCGGAAGUGCGACCGUGUUCUCCCCAAGCUUCCUGAUGCACCGCUGUUAGCAAGAGGGGGACGCACUGGCCGCGGGCUGGCGCGCCUCCGGCUGCUGGAGACCUACACCCGGACGCUGCUGGCGGCCGCAGAGCGGGUGUCACAGAGCCCAGCGCUCACCGGCUUCUUUGCGCCACAACCCCUGGACCUGGAGCCCUCGUUGCCGCCUGGCAGCCUGGUGAUCCUGCCGGCCCCCGAGGAGCCCAGGCCGCGUCCCGCAGGCAGCCUUGCCAUCCACAGCCUGGAGGUUCAGCGGCUGCACUGCCUGCAGCCCUUCCACACCCAGGACACCCGGGGCAGGCCCUUCCAGGCGCGGGCCCAGGACAGCCUGGACGUGCUGCUGCGACACCCCUCAGGCUGGUGGCUGGUGGCGAAUGAGGACCAGCAAACAGCCUGGUUUCCAGCUCCCUACCUGGAAGAGGUGGCCCUGAGCCCGGGCCAGGAGGGGGCCCUGUCCCUGGGGAGCACUGGGCCCCAGUUCUACGCUGCCCGUGCCUUCGAGGGCAGCCGCGCGGAUGAGCUGACAGUGCCUGCAGGGGCGCGUGUGUGCGUGCUGGAGAAGUCGGACCGCGGCUGGUGGCUGUGCAGGUAUGCCGGCCAGACAGGUCUUUUGCCCGCGGUGUUGCUGCAGCAGGAAGGGCUGGGCGCGCUCCUGAGUGGGCCCGGGCUCCACGGCGGGGAGGACACAGCAGAGGCCCGCGGCUCCCCGGCACCCCCCAAGGCCUGGGCCACUCCGCCUGCGGUGCCCACCCGACCACGGCUGAGCGCCAUCCAGAGCCGCUGCUGCACCAUCACCCGCAGGGCCCUGGGCUGCCAGGGAGCCCCUUGAGUGGGGCCGGGAGCUGGCGGAGGGGUGGGGGGCCCCCUAGCUGGCAGAGCCAGGAAGCUGUGAUUCCCCGUUCCCUCAAAAUACAGCGCCUCCUCCUCUAA